GGGCGGCCGGCGCUCGUGUGCGGGCCGCAGCCAAUAGGAGAGCGGCGAGGGCGCUCGCGAGGCUGCGUUCUCCAUGGCAACGGCCGGCCUGUAGUCACAACCGCUCCAACCGCAGCCUGGGCUGCCGCGUCGCCAUGUGUGUGCUCUCUGUAUGCUCCCAUCCUUGUCCGCAGGCGGAGCUGGGCCUUAACGAGCACCACCAGAACGAAGCCAUCAACUAUAUGCGCUUUGCUCGUUUCAAGCGUGGCCUGUGUCUCAAAACAGUGGAUUCGUGCUUCCAGGACCUUAAGGAUAGCAGGCUUGUUGAGGAGACCUUCACAGUUGAUGAGGUGGCAGACAUGCUGGAUGGGCUGCAGACCAUUGUACACAGUGAAGUGGAGUCCGAGCUCAUAAAUACAACGUACACCAAUGUUUUACUUCUGCGCCAGCUCUUUUCACAGGCUGAGAAAUGGUACCUUAAGUUACAGACAGACAUCUCUGAAUUGGAGAAUCGAGAACUGUUGGAACAGGUUGCCGAGUUUGAAAAGUCGGAAUUUACAUCUUCAAACAAGAAGCCCAGUGCAGAGCUCAUUAAACCAAAACUGGCUCCCAUAAAUGAAGGAGGGUCAGAGCUGCUAAACAAGACAGUUGCUUGUCUCCAAGAAGAAAAUGAAAAAUUGAAGACCAGACUUAAGACGAUAGAAACACAGGCUACAGCUGCACUAGAUGAAAAAUCCAAACUGGAGAAGUCACUGAAGGAUUUGCAGAUGAUCCAGGGAGAUCAAAAGACUGAUGUAAACAAGGAUAUCGUUGAACUGGAGAAUAAAGUGGCAGCUUUGAAGUGUCAGUUUGAGAAGACUUUGAGUGAUUCUACUGCAAACCAAAAAUUCCUGGAAGAGAACUUGGUGACAACAAAACAUGACUUGCUUAAGGUUCAGGAUCAGCUAUCCACAGCUGAGAAGGAAUUAGAGAAGAAGUUUCAGCAAACAGCUGCCUACCGCAACAUGAAAGAAAUUCUUACUAAGAAGAACGAGCAGAUAAAGGAUCUACGAAGAAGGCUUUCCAAAUAUGAGCCAGAAGACUGAGCUAUCAAAAGCUGACAUAGGAAGAGCAUGGAGAGUGGUGUUGUUUUUUUUUUUUAUCAAAUUUUGUUUAAAAUAAUUUACAGUUUGCUUCUAGCGCUUAAAAUAACUUCCUAUUAAUACUAAAAGGAUACUGAAACUUCAACCCUUCCUUAUAAACCCAUAGUUUAUUACUGUUAGUUUCUGGAGUCAUGUUUUAAAUUAAUCAUCACAUUCCUUAAGAAAUAACAAGCAGCAUCUUACUGAAGAUUUGAGAAGAUUCUUUACAAAGAAAGGAAUUUAUUUUUGUUAAAAAAAGGGGGAAAAAAAAAGUAUUAAGUUUUUAGCGAUGUCUCUGAGGUGAAAACUGGAGUGAUUUUAUUAGUACAGUUCAUGUAGCCAUGAAGUGGCAUUGUUUGUGAAAAUUGUGUUGGUAGCAGUAAAAAGUAGGAGGGAAGAAGAAAGAAACAUGCUGAUUCUAUAGCAUUAAUUCACACUGAAUAUUUGAUCUCUCUGCAAAAUGUGACCAGUAACAUUUUUCUAUUCAUUAGGUAGUGAGAGAAAUAUGCUUUACAGGAGAAGCAGCGGGCUCUUUAAAAAAUAAAGUAAAAUAAACACUAAUUGGAGCAAUGCUUUUUCAUUUGAAUUUAUUUGAAACAAAUGUUCAUAUUAGAAUACAGAUUCUGAUUUUUUUCAGUACUUUUGAUGUUAAAGUGACAAUCUGAAAAAGCAUGAGGAAGUGGCUUAUAGAGCAGCUUUCUUAAGAAAUAAGUUAUCGUAGAUGUUUUCACCUCCUUUCUUAUUGUAACCUCACUAGAAAACAGUUUACUCAAGCCUUCAGAGAAGACCUUGUAUUUAGCUGGCAGCCUCUUUAUAGUGUAUUGUACUUACUCAUUUUUUUCUGUUCAUAUGUAUGUUGUAUGUUAUUCCAAAUAAAACCAUUAUGUUUUAAAAUA